AUGCCUCUCACAAAGGACCUUUUGCAUUCCUCCCCUGAGAAGGAGAAGCAGAUGCACAAGAAGAAGCACCUGGUCCAGAGCCCCAACUUGUACUUUAUGGAUAUGAUUCCAGGUUGCUACAAGAUCACCACCUUCAGCCAUGCUCAGAGAGUGGUUUUGUGCACUGGCUGCUCAGCUUUGUUCUGCCAGCCCACUGGUGGAAAGGCACAGCUGAUAGGAGGAUGCUCCUUCUGGCAAAAGUAA